CGUCUCUCUUUCUCAGAGUUUUCUUAUUAUUCUUCCAAGUCUCUAAACAUCCGUCAAAAUAAUCCUUCUCUGUUUUCUAUUUGCAAUUCUCGGAACAUGACUUUGAUCUCUAUAUUCUCUAAUCCGAGUAAGUAUUCUUCAUGGUUAGGAAUAUAUAUAUCCUUCUAAAGUGAGAGAGAGUUCUUGAAACAAAGUUUUUAUUUGGUAAACAAAGUUUGUUUCAAUGGGGAGUAUUCUAUGGUGGUUACUCGGGGUGGGGAUCGUUCUGUUCUUGGUGAGGAUUGUGUUAUUCAAAACCGGUUUGAUUCACAUGGUUAAGAAAUGGAGGAGGACGAUCAUCGAUCUCUUCCACGUUUACCAGCACUACAAGGUUCCGCAAUUCAACGGCAACGUUCAAGAGAAUCAUCUCUACCGAAAAGUGUACACGUAUCUGAACUCGUUGAGCUCCAUCGAGGACUCCGAUUUCACGAACCUCUUCACCGGGAAAAAGUCAAACGAGAUUGUCCUCCGCUUGGAUCGAAACCAGGUCGUUGGAGACGAGUUCCUCGGCGCUAGAGUCUGUUGGAUCAACGGAGAAGACGAAGACGGAGGCAAGAGUUUCGUUUUGAAGAUACGUAAAGCCGAUAAACGGAGGAUCCUCGCUCCCUAUCUCCAGCAUAUACACACGGUCUCUGAUGAGCUCGAACAGAGAAACACAGAGCUGAAGCUCUUCAUCAACGUCGUCGUCGACGGGAAGAAGAAUAACGGACGGUGGAGAUCGACUCCGUUUAAUCAUCCUUGUACUUUCGAUAACGUCGCCAUGGAGACGGAUCUGAAGAACAAGGUCAAAUCCGAUCUCGAAUCGUUCCUCAAGGGGAAACAGUACUACAACCGUCUCGGCCGCGUUUGGAAACGGAGUUACCUCCUGUACGGACCUUCCGGCACCGGAAAAUCGAGCUUCGUGGCGGCGAUGGCGAAUUUUCUCGACUACGAUGUGUACGAUAUAGAUCUCUCCAAGGUAGCGGAUGAUUCGGAUCUCAAGAUGCUUCUGUUACAGACGCGUGCCAAGUCAGUGAUCGUCAUCGAGGAUCUCGAUCGAUUCGUCUCCGCGAAAUCGACGGCUGUGAGCGUUUCGGGGAUUUUAAAUUUCGCUGAUAGUAUACUCACCUCUUGCGCAGCGGACGAAAGGAUCAUGGUGUUCACUAUGACGGGGAAAGAGCAUAUCGACCCGGCUAUGAUCCGACCGGGUCGGGUCGACGUUCACAUCCACUUUCCGUUAUGCGAUUUCACGGCGUUUAAAACGUUGGCUAACAACUACUUAGGCGUGAGAGAGCACAAGCUUUUCCCUCAGGUGGAAGGGAUUUUUCAAAACGGUGCGUCUCUGAGCCCCGCCGAGAUCGGAGAGCUGAUGAUCGCGAACCGCAGCUCGCCGACUCGUGCGCUCAAGCACGUCAUCAGCGCUCUGCAGACGGACGGAGAUCGGAGGGGAAACGCGCGGCGUUCGUUUCUCGAGAGCGGCUCGAGGAGAUCGACGUCGGAGAGCGAGAUGAGCGGUCCUCUUUGCGGCGGAGGAGGAGGAAGCUCGCCGGCGGUGAAGGAGUUCAGGAAGCUGUACGGGUUGUUGAGAAUCAAGAGUAGUAGAAAAUCUGAGUCGUACGAUGGGGCUCGAGAUGUCAGGGACGGCUAGUGAUUGAUUAAUCUUUUGAAAAUCAACAGCCACGUGGAUUAAUUGUAUUGGCUGCGAUAGAGAAUGUUCCUAUGUUUUUUUUCCCUCCUUUUUUCUAGUUAAUGUACAGAGAUUCGCAAGUUAAAAUUGAUUUGCUAUGAAUACAAGAAAGCCCAAGUUCAAGCAAUUUACUAUCUGAGAUUAUUGUGGCUGAA